GAGAUUUUAUGAUUCGUGAAUUUGUCAUAAUAGUAGCCGACGAAUCUAUAUAACUUUAAAAUAUUUUUUAAAUUUGGAUACAUUCCUAUUUAAAACAGAAAAAUAACGCAGAGAGAAAAUAAUAAAUAUUGUUAUAUUCUAAAAAUUGAACAAUUUGUUACCGAAAAUGGUGGCACUCGACGCAGAUUUGAAUAGAGACGACGACUGUGACAAUAUUGGUCUAGGCUGCGCCCUAGAACACUUUUCAGAAGUUGAUGAUGUAUUAAAUAUGAUAGACAAUGUAAAAAAUAUAUAUAACACAUCAUCUUUGGAGGUUGAGUAUGACAAACUGUAUACUAUACUUAAACAAUACUAUGAACAACCGCAUUUACUCGAUCCUCAUUUGGAAAAAAUUCUGGCUAAAUUUAUGACUAUAAUUAAGGAUAAGGAUUCCGUUUUUGAGUUAAAGCAUGCCACAUUCAACUACAUGUAUCAAAUUAUAAGGGUCAGAGGAUAUAAAGUUGUUGUAAGGCACCUUCCACAUGAGGUUUCAGACCUGCUAACUGUUCUGAUGUAUCUUGAGGCACAAGAUCCCAAUGACAAGGAAACUUGGAGAAGCAGAUUUGUAUUGCUGCUGUGGUUGUCAAUUGUUGUCAUUAUUCCAUUUCACAUGAGCCGACUUGAUGGUUUUGCUCCUGAUCAACCAGGUGCUGGAACUUCUAAAAAAAUGACAGUUAUGGAAAGAAUUUUUAACAUUUGUAAGACAUAUGCCAUGAGCAAAGACAGUUGUGCUGAAGCAAGUGCAUAUCUAGCAUCUAAGUUUUUAAUAAGGUCUGAUGUUAAAGAAUUGUACAUGAAUUCAUUCUUUGAUUGGGCAUGUGAUUUACAUUCCAAUAUAAAAGAAGAAGACACAAUUUAUUAUGGAGUGUUAGCAACUGUAGCAGCAGUACUCAAACACGGGAAGAGGGAUGACCUGUUGCCAUACACGCCCAAGUUACUGGAGUGGGUUACAACACAAAAUUAUCAGCAACAUAAUGCAAUGUUAGUUAGAAAGUAUGGUGUGAAAAUUGUUCAAAGAAUAGGUCUGACAUUCCUUCGUCCACGUGUUGCUUCAUGGAGGUAUACGCGUGGUUCGCGUUCUCUGACUGUGACGCUAGGUGGUAGUACAGCGGCUGCGGGGGAUACAGAGCCAAUGACCACUCCACCUGAUGAUGAUGAUCAGGAUAUACCACAGGAGGUAGAAGAUGUAGUGGAGCUGCUACUGUGCUCGCUUCGCGACGAAGACACCGUGGUGCGCUGGUCCGCGGCCAAGGGCGUGGGCCGCCUCGGUGCGCGCCUGCCCGCACUGGCCGCCGCCGACGUGUGCGACAGCGUGCUCACGCUCUUCGCGGACAACGAGCGGGACACGGCGUGGCACGGCGGCUGCAUGGCGCUCGCGGAGCUGGGUCGCCGGGGACUGAUAUCCCCGCGCCAGCUGAGCGAGGCGGUGCGCUGCGCGGCGGCGGCGCUGGCGCGGGACGAGCCGCGCGCGUCGGGCGGCGGCGGCGGCGGCGGGGGGCGCGCGGCGCGGGACGCGGCGUGCCACGCGGCCUGGGCCAUCGCGCGCGCUUACGACGCCGUCGCGCUGGCGCCGCACGCGCUCACGCUCGCCAACGCACUCAUCGCCACCGCCUGCUUCGACAGAGAGAUAAACUGUCGGCGAGCGGCGUCUGCGGCCUACCAGGAGAACGUGGGCCGUCACGGACUGUUCCCGCACGGCAUCGACGUGCUGACGGCGGCUGAUUUCCAAUCGGUGGGCCCACGGACCCACGCCUACCUCGUGGUGGCCCCUUACGUAGCCACCUACCCCGAAUACACCCGUCCGCUGCUAGACCACCUUGUUGACCUCAAGCUGGAACACUGGGACUGCGCCAUCAGGGAACUUGCUGCAAAGGCACUUAAUAAGCUAACAGAUAAGACACCAGAAUACGUGGCGCAAGAAAUAUUACCCAAAUUAAUAAAGAAGACUGAAUCUAUAGAUCUCAACGUACGGCAUGGUGCUAUUCUAGGUAUAGGAGAAGCGAUACACGCACUUUCUCAAACUGUGUUGCCGGAUGGGCGCGGCGGCGCGGCGCUGGUGGGCGGCGCGGCGUGGGGCGCGGUGCGCGCGCUGGCGGGCGGGCUGCGCGCGCGCCAGCUGCUGCGCGGCCUGGGCGGGGAGCUCAUGCGCCAGGCCGCGUGCCACUGCGCCGCGCGCCUCGCUCGGGCCGGCGCGCCGCUGCACUGCGGGGACACCGUCGAUGAAUGGUUGAACCUCAUCGAAGAAUGUCUCGCUCAUGAGGUUCAAGCGAUACGCGAAAAAGCGAUCGAGGCAUUGUCGCCAUUGUUUGAGCAAUACUUGCAAGACGGUAAUCUUCAGUACGGUGAUAUAAACGCUAAACAGAAGAGGAUGCAGCUCGUGGAGAGAUAUUGCGAGCAGUUGAGCAACACGGGUGUAAACGGACUCGUGCUAAGGAUGGGAUAUGCUCGCGCUAUAGGUUCAUUACCAAAGUUCGUUCUCGAGGAACAGAUGCAACUCGUAAUCCAAUCACUAAUAGACGCCACAAAAGUCACCGAGGGCACAUCGAAGUGGGCCGAGGCUCGGCGGGACGCGGUCAUUGGGCUCACCGAAGUGUGCCAGACGCUGGGCCUGGGCGGGGGACUCGACAAGUUCGUGCCGGACAUCCGGGCCGCCUUGCUGGAGUGCCUCUCCGAGUACACCGUGGAUAUGAGAGGAGAUAUCGGAGCGUGGGUCCGAGAGGCGAGUAUGACCGGUCUGCUGUCGCUGUGCCGGCAGUGCGCGCGGCGCUGCGUGGCGCACGACACGCUGUGCGUGCUGCGCGGCGUGGCGCAGCAGGCCGUCGAGAAGAUCGACCGCACGCGCGCGCACGCCGGCCGCGUCUUCACGGCGCUGCUCUACAACGAUCCUCCGAUUGAAAACAUACCCCAUCACGAGGCGUUAAAACGCAUAUUCCCCUGUGAGGAAAUUGAGAUGCGACCCCGGCACGAGGAAGCGGAGACCAGCGAAAGUUCUGCCGUCGUGUUAUGGCUGUUCCCCGGACACACCAUGCCACGUUUCGUGCAACUGCUCGCCUUCCCGGAGUAUCGCUAUCACGUCGUCAAGGGGCUGGUGGUUAGUGCCGGCGAGUUGACGGAGAGUUUGGUCAAACAUACUACACAGUCUCUAUUCUCGUACUUGAACACACUACACGACGACAAAGAGACGCUGAAGAGUAUUUGUGAUACUAUAAUACAAGUAUUCGCAGACAACUUACACGUCAAAAGGAUCACUGGACCUAUGUUCAACUUUUUAGAUAGAUUGUUAAGUUCUGGUUCUGUAUCGCCGAUACUGGAUGAUCCAGAAUCGACAUUUGCAAAAGAUAUAUUGAAGUAUUUGCAAUUGGAACUAAGGGGUGGAAAAAAUAUUUAUAAAUUACUGGACUCUAUAAACGUUCUGUGUCAACUAAUUCAGGUGCGUGACGCGUGGCGGCUGUCGCUGGGUCAGCUGGCCAUCUACGUGUGCUACGCGGACCGCUACGUGCGUCGUUGCGCCGCCGCCCGCCUCUACGAAGCGCUUACGCUCUACGGAGACGUGUGCGACUUGCCGCAAGAGAACCUCGACCAGGUUAUGACAAUCCUGGCUGAGACUGAUUGGGAAAAGGAUGUUAGCGAGUUAAGGCCAAUAAGAAAUGAGAUUUGUGACCUUAUGUCUAUAAAACGGCCAGUGAUGAAGCAGAAGACACCUUAACCUAUGAUUAUAUAAUGUAUUUUUUUAUAUUGAUAUAUAAUAGCUUGAUAGCUUCGAAGAUUAGCAGAAGAGUAUUAGUUGCUUCGUGCCUUUACAACGGUAUAAUUAUUUUAAUGAUAUUAACUGAAUAUGCACUAAUAUUUUUGUUUUUUCUAACGUCUUUGUCGAGGCAAAUUAAAUGCAUACACGAUGUAACAAUUAAAUAAAAUGCUUAUUCUUAUAA